UGCCCACCUCUGCUCACAUCUCCAAACACUGACAAUCAGCAACAUGAUCAGACAUGUGUUUAUCACUGGAACUUCAGGUUUUAUAGCAUUAUACUUGAGUUUCAAUGCAUUUUGCUCACAAAUUUAACCAGAAAAAAAAUCCUCAUUUUGAAGGCACUUUGCCCUGUUUAAACAUACCCACAUGAUCAGAAACUCCACCCUCUUACAACACUUACCAGGAAGAGACUGACUGGUUAUUUCUCCUUCCUGUCAUACUAAUUUUGUCUCGACAAAAGCAUAAAAGAAUCUGCUAUCGAUGAAGAACAAAGAGAAAAACUUUCAAUAAGGAUUUUUGAGAAGGAAGUUUGUUUCUGAACAGACAGCAGAUCUUUGAGGUUAUUCAUUUUUGAAACCAUCAUUCAGAAAGUGAAAGUAAAGUUUAGACUGCAGGAGCUCAAACAGUGAGAAUGGCUUCACUAUCUGAAGAUGAUCUUUCUUGUCCCGUGUGUCAUGAAAUCUUCAGCGUUCCUGUUCUUCUGUCAUGUAGUCACAGUUUCUGUAAAGAGUGUCUUCAACAGUUCUGGAGAAUCAGGAAAACUCGGGAGUGUCCUGUCUGCAGGAAAAGAUCAUCAAGGGAUCUUCCUCCAGUUAAUCUUGCGUUAAAGAACUUGUGUGAGUCGUUCCUGAAGGAGAGAAAUGAGAGACGUUCAUCAGGAUCUGAGGAGAUCUGCAGUUUACAUGGUGAGAAACUCAAACUCUUCUGUCUGGAGGACAAACAGCCUGUGUGUUUAGUGUGCAGAGAUUCAAAACAACACGACAAUCAUAAAUUCAGACCCAUCGGUGAAGUGGUUUCAUCAUGUAAGAAGAAGCUCAAUACAGCACUGAAGUCCUUACAAGAGAAACUUAAACACAAUGAAAACAUUAAAGGAGAGUUUGAGAAAACAGUUCAACACAUCAAGUCUCAAGCUGAGCACACAGAGCGUCAGAUUAAACAGCAGUUUGAGAAGCUUCAUCAGUUUCUCAGAGAUGAAGAAGAAGCUACAAUCACUGCACUGAGGGAGGAAGAGGAGCAGAAGAAGCAGAUGAUGAAGGAGAAGCUGGAGGAGAUGAACAGACACAUCUCAGCUCUUUCACACACAAUCAAAGACAUGGAGGAGAUGAUGAAAGCCAGUGACGUCUGCUUUCUGAAGGAGUUUCCAGUCUCAAUGGAAAGAGUCCAGAGAUCACGGCCGGAUCCACAGAUGGCUUCUGGAGCUUUGAUUCAUGUGCCACGUUACUUGGGCAACCUGCCGUUCAGAGUCUGGAAGAAGAUGCAGGACAUUGUCCAUAACAGUGAGUCUGACUGCAGAAGAUCUGAGCUGGAAAUGAUGGAGGGGUGGAGAGUUAGAGCUCCUGUCAUUCUGGAUCCAAACACUGCGAAUCCACUUCUCGUCCUGUCUGAUGAUCUGACCAGUGUGAGACGCAGCACGAACAAACAACCUCUUCCUGAUAAUCCAGAGAGAUUUGACGGGUGGGUCUGUGUUCUGGGUUCAGAGGGUUUUAACUCAGGAACACACUGCUGGGAUGUGGAGGUUAAAGAGAGUUCAGGCUGGAUUCUUGGAGUAACUACAGCAUCAAACCAGAGGAAGGGAGGUGUUUUCUUUAACACUGAUGUCUGGAGUGUGCAGCGCAGAUGGUUUAAACAGAAGCUUGAUCGAGUGAGAGUGAAUCUGGACUAUGACAGAAGAAAGGUGUCAUUCUCUGAUCCUGUAACUAACACACAUCUACACACAUUUACAGCCACCUUCACUCACACACUCUUUCCAUUCUUCUGGUGUCUCGACUCUCUGAGGAUCUUACCAGUUAAUAGUCAGUAAACGUCACUCCUGUAUGUCUGGAUCUUUCUGCUUUCAUCAUGUUUCCAGUAUUUAAUCCAGAUCACAUGAGUAAGAGUGCUGUUGAUCUGAAUAUCAGUACAGUGGCUGUGAUUGGUCCACAGCUGAUCACAUGACUGAUGUCCAGCACUACAGCAAUACUCACCCUGUCAUAUUGACUUAGGGUGUACUCACACUAGGCGCUCUGAACCGUGCCCAGGUGGGUUUGACUCUCAAAGCCCAGUUCGUUUGACAAGUGUGAGUGCUCAGUUCCUUCGUUUAGCCGGCCAUGGCCCGCUUGGAAGACUUUUGUGUGCGCUACUGUCAUCAUUACGACAGUAAACAUCUUUUUACUACUCUGAUAUUACACUUAUCAAUUCAUGUAAUUAAUUUGAGUGUAUUUGAGUUUAUAACGGGUCUGAUUCUCACCUUAUUGAUGAACAGUAAUUGUUGUUUGCGAAUGAAGCUGCAAAUUCCUCCAUUAACUGCUGUAAUAAUCCUUUGAUACGUGCAAGUGAACAUUGCUGCGCGGCAUAAAUGAUAAAUAUAUUAGGCAGUAUAUGUGCAUUUCUUCCUGUUUUCUUCCAUUCAAAAAGUUGCAUCAUAUAUGACGUAAGUGUGCUUCGGCCUGGAACGUUAAGUGCAAUGUGAGUGCAGGCCAGUGGGGGAGUGGGGAGGGGGGGACAAUCGCGCUCGGGCUUGGUUCAAGGCAACCGUGCCUAGUGUGAGUACACCCUUAAUUUUUCAAAAGUUCAGUAAACAAUUUGUUUAUUUUUCAUAGGACUUUUACACAAUUAGAGACAAUUUUAGGAUUCAUGUUUUCAGACUAAUUAACAUUUACCCAAUUAUUUCACUGAUGUGUCUUAUGUUUUAAGAUAAUAAUCAAAUAUAAUUAUGUAGCCGCAAACAGCAGUCAUGUGGAUGAUUAAUGAUCAUAUUGAAGUGUUAAAACUGAUGAUGUGAUUUUCACAGCAAAGUUCAUCUUGAAUCUUCAGUGAACAUUAGGGUUUGAACAUAGUAGGUGUGUUCGACAUCGGCUGCGGCUGGAUGUAACCGAUCAGCCAGAGUAGCCGAGUCGGGGAGGAGCUGAAAAAGGAGACGUGAAGUUGGACACUUUCUGCUUUUCGCAGUGAUGCUUGCGCAUUGUUUGCAUACUUUAUCACAGCUGAAGUGAAAUAAAUGCAAUAUUUGACUAAUACA